UUUAACAUCGUAUCAUUGUAUUUUAUUUAAAAUUUUCAUUUUCACCAAUCUUUUGUGAUCAUUCUGAUUUAUAUCAUUAAGAAAUAAGAUCCACUUAUUGCCUUAAUGUCAUACAUCGGUAAAUCUAGAUUUUCGGUUGGUUCACAUGUUAUACAUGUGCUUGCCUUGAUGUAACAGUUUCCAGGAAUUGGGGUUUCACUAAUUUCAUUCUGAAACGUUAGGCCACAACUACAAGUUACGAGCAGCAUCUGAUAAAACCGUUAUAUUGACCUCAAAUUCUAAUCUUGUCAUAUACUAUUUUUUUUUCCUUUUUGCAUUAAUUCCCAAAGCUUAAUCAAUUUCCUCAAUUAUUAUAGGGUAGAUUCAGUUACAUAAUUAUAAGGAAAUAUGUCAAGUGGGAGAGUAGGAAAGAAGAGCAAGAAGAUAGCAUCAAAGCCAAAUGCUGUGUCAUUGCAAGAGAAGAUAAAAAUGGUAGACAAGGAAGAACAAGCUCUGUUAAAAGAUAUAGAUGAUCUCAAGAAAUGGACUGAUACAAUAGAUGCCAUGAAGGAUGAUGUGUUGAAGGAAUACCUUCAAAACAGACCAGAAGAACUGAAGAGUGUGAAGAUCCAGAAGAACAAAACUAAUCAAAAGGUAAGAGCUGAAAGGUUAUGUCUCAUCACUUUUCAUGGUGUUAGCAUCUUCAACAGUUCUAAUAGUUUCUUAUUGAAAAGAUUAAAUGCAACUUUGGUUUGAAUUAGUUAAGCUAAUGAUGAGACAGGUCCAAAAGGCUGUGAAGCCUAAACCUUCAACAUGCAGUGGAAUAAUGGCAUCUGUAUGGAAGUUCCACAAGGAAGAUGAUGAUGAU